ACCCACUGUGUGACAUAUCGAGAGACGACAAGAUGGAGGAGCUCGGGAUUCAGAUGAAGCGGGAGGAGCCCACAUUUGAGGAUGCCGUCGCCGAGAAGACGGCUAUUCACCAGGAGAUGCAACAGGAGGAGGACACGUUUCUGCGGUUCAAGAAGCUCCAGCAACACCUCGAGUUUCUGAGCACGAUGGAGGACUACGUGAAAGAUGAGCAGCGAAACCUGAAGAGGGAACUUGUCCGCGCGCAAGAGGAGGUCAAGCGCAUUCAGUCGGUGCCCCUCGUCAUUGGCCAAUUCCUCGAGCCAAUCGACCAACACACAGGCAUUGUUGGGUCCACGACGGGGUCUAAUUACGUCGUCAGGAUCCUCUCGACUAUUGACAGGGAGCUUCUGAAGCCCAACAGCUCCGUCGCCCUGCAUCGUCACUCCAACAGCCUCGUCGAUGUCCUGCCCCCAGAGGCAGACAGCAGCAUCUCGAUGCUUGGACAGGACGAGAAGCCGACAGAGACAUACGGAGACAUUGGUGGAAUGGACAUUCAGAAGCAGGAGAUCAGAGAGGCCGUCGAGUUGCCGCUGGUGCAGGGAGAUCUUUACAAGCAGAUUGGCAUCGACCCACCGCGUGGUGUCCUUCUGUACGGCCCACCGGGAACGGGAAAGACGAUGCUGGUCAAGGCUGUGGCCAAUGCGACGACGGCUUCUUUCAUCCGAGUGGUGGGGUCAGAAUUCGUGCAGAAGUAUCUCGGCGAGGGUCCGCGAAUGGUGAGGGACGUGUUCCGGCUGGCAAGGGAGAACGCGCCGGCAAUCAUCUUUAUCGACGAGAUCGACGCCAUUGCUACAAAGCGCUUCGACGCACAGACAGGUGCCGACCGAGAAGUGCAGCGAAUCCUGCUCGAGCUGCUCAACCAGAUGGACGGCUUUGACCAGGGCAGCAAUGUCAAGGUCAUCAUGGCCACCAACCGUGCCGACACGCUGGACCCUGCGCUGCUUCGGCCUGGCCGUCUGGACCGAAAAAUCGAAUUCCCGCUGCCCUCGCGGCGAGAGAAGCGGUUGAUCUUCCAGACGAUCACAAGCAAGAUGAAUUUGUCGCCCGACGUGGACUUGGAAGACUAUGUCUCACGGCCGGACAAGCUGAGCAGUGCAGAGAUCGCCUCGAUUUGCCAGGCUGCUGGCCUCAAGGCCGUGAGGAGCACGAGAUAUGUCAUUAUCCCGGCCGACUUCGAAGACGCCUGGAAGCAGGUCGUCAAGCGGAGCGACGACAGCAAGAUGGAGUUCUACCAGUGAUCUGGCUGGGACUCGCGUGUAUUGUAGCACAUUUUCAUCAAUUGAGAGAAGUAUAUCAUCGAUUUGACUGCUGGAGGCACAUGAGAGAAACCCGCCUUAUCACUUUACUCAAAAGAGGAUGAUCAGACCUCUUCAUUGAGCUUGUAAAGCGCGGGAAGAUUGACGGCCGCUUUACUCACAGCGACGGAUCAGUAGAUGAUGUCGACUGUCCUAUAAGUUUCUAUGCUCAGUGCCUACAUUUGUGCAAUCUCCAUGUGCUCCUCAUCUGCAAUGACAGAAGGACUCUUUCUCUCUCGCCUUGUCUUCUUUUUGUCG